AUGCGGAUCGAUUCUGGGAGCAUCGGACGAUGGCAGCCCGUCCAACUAACUGGUCCAGCAGGCAAGGCUGGCUCCCCGACCUUCCUGUUCGAAGAGACCGGUGGACUGGUUAAGCACAAGACACCGAUCGAAGCCGACACACGACUAACAAACGCCCCUCUGACAUCAAUCGUACCACGUUGCAAGCACCUCAUCGGAGCUCAGGUCACAGGCUGCGCUGUUCUGGGGCAGCCAUCGCGUUCGCCUUUCAUUCGAGGCACACCAGACAUAAAUGAAGCGUCGACUCAGUCGGACCAGGCGUCUCGAAAUGAGUUGGCAGGUCAAAGCGGGCUCUCCGACGCGUGUAAGCGAUGCGAGCUAUGCAUGUGUGCGUCACGUUUUUGGAGCUGGCGAGGGAAGAUCUCGAAGCGUUUGGCCCUGACUAGUCCCGUAGCUUCAUCCCUCUUCGUUUCGACCUCUUCAUCGACGAAGGAUUGGGAUGCUCGGGAUGACCAAGCCAACGGAAAAUCGGAAAAUAUCGUCGCACCAAACUCGAUCAAUGAAUGA